GUGAACUAUCUGUUUUCAUAUAGUCUGUGUUGUUAUUUCAAGAAAACAGUGAUAUAAUUGUUUUAUAUGUUAAAAGACUGGUGAAUAUUGACGACUUGUGUAAAGCACAAAAUAAUUGUAUCUGUUAAUAUUUCUUCCAAGUAACAGAUUGUUAUUACUACACAAGCAGUAACUGUUAUGUUCUAUCAUUACUACCUAAUUUGUUUUUGUUGACACUUUUGUUCAUACGUUUGAUCUCAAGUAUCUUAUUUCAUGUUAUAUUUUGGCGCUUUCUUUUAAAAUGUCUCACUAUCCAACCGGUAUGCGAUGUUCAGUGAAGUAUUGUUCAAGUAGAUGUUCCUACAAGGAUAAAAGCUUUUUUUCUUAUCCUAAAGAAAGCAAUCGUCUGAAACUAUGGUUGGCAAAUUGUCAAACUAAUCAUUUGGCAGAGGCUUUAUCAAAAAAAAAAAAUCUUAUAGUUUGCGCGGAUCAUUUCGAAGAUAAAAUGUUUUUGAACAGAACUACUAAAAAUCGGCUGGUACAUGAUGCAGUACCUACAUUAUUUAGUGAUAACAUAAUUUUUCAAAGACAGCAGGAAAUAAUAAAAUGUGUAACAUCUAGUCCUUCAACUACUGAACCUUUUAAUUCUUUAUCAAAGAGUGCAUUGAUUGAUCAAAGUGGCUAUGAAUCUCCUGUGUCGUCAAGUGAUUCUAUCACUCAAACUCCAUUAUACUUAUUAGCUAAUACUCCAAGUAAACUAAAAUUAAAGACAAAACUGCAUUCUGAAAGACAAAAAAUCAAAAAAAUGAGUAUGACUAUUGUUGAUUUAGUAGAUCAACUAUCUAAAUAUGAUACAGUAGAAAAUUAUAUAAGACUAAGUAAGAAAUAUUUAUCACCUGCAUUAUUUACAGUUGUUAAAUCUCACAUUAAUUUGAAGAGCAAGAACUGAUACUGUAUCAUACUAUUGUAUACAUAAUUUUUUGAAUUGUAUUUUUUUAUCAUUAAAUACUUUGGAUUUUUAUUAUUCAUUCGUCAAUUAUAAAUUUGUUAUUAAA